CGGGCACAUGCGAGUUAAGCGACUGCCUUUCAUCACCCGAGUCUUGGUCUGUCGAUCUGUCUAUCACUGCUCUACUUGCCCUGCCCUUGGACAGUUGUGCUUCAAAGCUAAUAUGUAGCUUAGGACAGGAAAGGCAGCUGCGGGUGAAUUCUACAUGAUUCUUUACCCUGUUCUUUCGUCCGUAACUCUUCAAACUCUACUUUCUACAACACCAUUGGCCGUUCGAGGUAUGCAGGUAAUCUUGACACCACCGAGCAGGACUCGGGAGGCGACCGCUACUCGCUCUUGAGCCGAGCCUGUCGAGCAAUGCUUGAGAUGGUCAAGCUAUAUAACACGGCUCCCCUUCCCACCAAGGACAAUUAUCACCUUCACUCAAUCACUUCGUCUUCAAUCCUUCUACAUCAUUCAUCAUGCAGCAAACUCUCGCUGCCCUUGCUGCCAUUGCAGCUGUCGCUGUCGCUUCUCCUGUUGAGCCCAGAGUCAGCGUGCCCAAUGUUAAGUUCAGCGUCCCUCAAAUUGCCAACGGCAACACCAAGGUUGCUGCUCCUGCCAUCGCCGUCGCAAAGGCCAUUUCCAAGUACGGCGGUACCCCUCCCACCAACGUCCAGAGAGCCGCCGCUGCUGCUCAGCAGAGUGGUUCAGUCACUGCCAACUCAUACGGUGGCGACGUCGAGUACCUUUGCCCCGUCUCCGUUGGUGGCACAACCAUGAACCUCGACUUCGAUACUGGUUCAUCCGAUCUCUGGGUCUUCUCCACUCUCCAGGCCUCUUCCCAGAGACAAGGUCACGCUGUCUACAACACCGCCUCGGGCCGCAAGCUCAACGGCGAGUCCUGGAGCAUCAGCUACGGCGAUGGCUCAGGUGCAUCCGGUCAGGUCUACGCCGACAAGGUUGUCGUCGGUGGUGUCACUGCCACUUCUCAGGCCGUCGAGGCUGCCACCUCCAUCUCUGCUCAGUUCCAGCAGGACACUGAUAACGAUGGUCUCCUUGGACUUGCCUUCUCGUCCAUCAACACCGUCAGCCCUGACCAGCAGACCACUUUCUUCGACUCUGUCAAGAGCACCCUUGCACGCAAGCUCUUCACCGUCGAUCUCAAGAAGGGUGGCCCCGGAUCCUACGACUUCGGUUACAUUGACAGCUCCAAGUACACUGGUGCCAUCACCUACGUUCCCGUCAACACCAGAAACGGCUUCUGGCAGUUCACCACCACUGGUUACUCUGUUGGCAGCGGUGCCACCGUCUCCAGCUCUUACUCCGCCAUCGCUGACACUGGAACUACCCUUCUCCUUGUACCCGACAACGUUGUCAGCGCCUACUACGCUCAGGUCCCCAGCGCUACCUACUCCGAUGCUCAGGGUGGUUACCUCGUCUCUUGCUCUGCUACUCUUCCCAGCUUCUCCGCUGUCAUUGGUGGCCGCAAGUUCACUGUCCCCGGCAGCUACAUCAAGUACUCCCAGGUUUCCAACACUCAGUGCUUCGGCGGUCUCCAGUCCAGCGCUGGAUCCGGUAUCUCCAUCUUCGGUGACAUUUUCCUCAAGGCUAUGUUUGUUGUCUUCUCCAUGGAGAACUCGACCCCUCAGCUUGGUUUCGCUACUCAGUAAAUGCAAAACUACGACUUUUACGACUUUUGACGGCUGGCUCUGCGACAAAGCGAGCAUUUUUACAUGACGGUGGAAGGUGUCGCUUAUUCAACAAAGCAUAGAAUAGCAUGCGAUGAGUAACGCAUUGAAAUGGG